CUGUGGCUGAGGCGGCGGCGGUGGCGGCGCCGGGGCGGCGGCAGCAGCAGCAGCAGCAACAGCAGCAACCCUAAGCCGAUAUGGUGUAAGAUAUUUCUUCAAGACUGGACAGCUGAGGACCAGUUAUUUCUGAUUUGCCUUCAGCAAACUUACAGCCAUCGAGAAACCUCACGGAGUUCCAUAUUUUGCUCUCUGCUUUAUACCUUUCCUGUACAUAAAUUCAUCUUGCAGUCAUGUAUGGAAGUGCUCGUUCUGUUGGGAAGGUGGAACCGAGCAACCAGAGCCCUGGGCGUUCACCUAGGCUUCCGCGUUCCCCUCGCUUGGGCCAUCGUCGAACCAAUAGUACAGGAGGGAGCUCUGGAAGCAGUGUUGGAGGUGGCAGUGGGAAAACCCUUUCAAUGGAGAAUAUCCAGUCCUUAAAUGCUGCCUAUGCCACAUCUGGCCCUAUGUACCUAAGUGAUCAUGAAAAUGUGGGUUCAGAAACACCUAAAAGCACUAUGACACUUGGCCGUUCUGGGGGACGUCUGCCUUAUGGUGUUAGGAUGACUGCUAUGGGCAGUAGCCCUAAUAUAGCUAGUGGUGGGGUUGCUAGUGACACCAUAGCAUUUGGAGAGCAUCACCUCCCUCCUGUGAGUAUGGCAUCUACUGUUCCUCACUCUCUUCGUCAGGCAAGAGAUAACACAAUCAUGGAUCUGCAGACACAGCUGAAGGAAGUAUUAAGGGAAAAUGAUCUCUUGCGGAAGGAUGUGGAAGUAAAGGAGAGCAAAUUAAGUUCUUCAAUGAAUAGCAUCAAGACCUUCUGGAGCCCAGAGCUGAAGAAAGAGCGAGCCCUCAGAAAAGAUGAAGCUUCCAAAAUCACUGUUUGGAAGGAACAGUAUAGAGUUGUGCAGGAGGAAAACCAGCACAUGCAAAUGACAAUUCAGGCUCUCCAGGAUGAAUUACGGAUCCAAAGGGACCUAAACCAGUUAUUUCAGCAAGAUAGUAGCAGUCGGACUGGUGAACCUUGUGUGGCAGAGCUGACGGAGGAGAAUUUCCAGAGGCUACAUGCUGAACAUGAAAGACAGGCCAAAGAGCUAUUUCUUCUCCGAAAGACUCUGGAGGAAAUGGAACUGCGUAUUGAGACUCAGAAGCAAACCCUGAAUGCUCGGGAUGAAUCUAUCAAGAAGCUUCUGGAGAUGUUGCAGAGCAAAGGACUCUCUGCUAAGGCUACUGAGGAAGACCAUGAGAGAACAAGACGACUGGCAGAGGCAGAGAUGCACGUCCACCACCUAGAAAGCCUUUUGGAGCAGAAAGAAAAAGAGAACAACAUGUUGAGAGAGGAGAUGCAUCGGAGAUUUGAGAAUGCCCCUGAUUCUGCCAAGACAAAAGCUCUGCAAACUGUUAUUGAAAUGAAGGAUUCAAAAAUUUCCUCUAUGGAGCGUGGGCUCCGAGACUUGGAAGAGGAAAUUCAGAUGCUGAAAUCGAAUGGGGCUCUGAGUACUGAAGAACGGGAGGAAGAAAUGAAGCAAAUGGAGGUCUAUCGGAGUCAUUCUAAAUUCAUGAAAAAUAAGGUAGAGCAACUGAAGGAGGAACUAAGUUCGAAAGAGGCUCAAGGGGAGGAGCUGAAAAAGAGAGCGGCUGGUCUUCAGGCUGAGGUCUUUGCCAUUGGUCAGGUGAAGCAGGAGCUCUCCAGAAAGGACACAGAACUACUAGCUCUACAGACAAAGCUAGAAACACUUACGAACCAGUUCUCGGACAGUAAGCAACACAUUGAAGUGCUGAAGGAGUCCUUGACUGCUAAGGAACAAAGGGCUGCCAUCCUGCAGACAGAGGUGGAUGCUCUCCGAUUGCGUUUGGAAGAGAAGGAAACCAUGCUGAAUAAGAAGACCAAACAAAUUCAGGAUAUGGCUGAGGAGAAGGGAACACAAGCUGGAGAGAUACAUGACCUCAAGGACAUGCUGGAUGUGAAGGAGCGGAAGGUUAAUGUUCUUCAGAAGAAGAUUGAAAAUCUUCAGGAGCAACUUAGAGAUAAGGAAAAGCAGAUGAGCAGCUUGAAAGAACGAGUCAAAUCCUUGCAGGCUGAUACCACCAACACCGAUACUGCCUUGACAACUUUGGAGGAGGCCCUGGCAGAGAAAGAGCGGACAAUUGAACGCUUAAAGGAGCAGCGGGACCGAGAUGAGCGAGAGAAGCAAGAGGAAAUCGAUAACUACAAAAAAGAUCUUAAAGACUUGAAAGAAAAAGUCAGCCUAUUGCAAGGCGACCUCUCAGAAAAAGAGGCUUCACUCUUGGAUCUGAAAGAGCAUGCUUCUUCCCUGGCUUCCUCAGGACUGAAAAAGGACUCACGUCUAAAGACACUAGAGAUUGCUUUGGAGCAGAAGAAGGAGGAAUGUCUGAAAAUGGAAUCACAGUUGAAAAAGGCACAUGAGGCAACAUUGGAAGCCAGAGCAAGUCCAGAGAUGAAUGACCGAAUACAGCAAUUGGAGAGAGAGAUUGCCAGGUACAAAGAUGAAUCUAGCAAGGCCCAGGCAGAAGUUGACCGCCUCUUGGAAAUCUUGAAGGAGGUGGAAAAUGAGAAGAAUGACAAAGAUAAAAAGAUCGCUGAGUUGGAAAGGCAAGUGAAAGACCAGAAUAAGAAGGUAGCAAAUCUGAAGCACAAGGAACAGGUGGAAAAGAAGAAGAGUGCGCAGAUGCUAGAGGAGGCUCGGCGAAGGGAGGACAGUCUCAACGACAGCUCCGCACAACUCCAGGACAAUCUCCGUAAGAAGGAUGACAGAAUUGAAGAGCUGGAAGAAGCACUAAGAGAGAGUGUACAGAUAACUGCAGAGCGAGAAAUGGUGCUAGCACAAGAGGAAUCAGCCAGGACCAAUGCUGAAAAACAGGUGGAGGAGUUACUGAUGGCCAUGGAGAAGGUAAAGCAGGAACUUGAGUCCAUGAAAGCAAAACUGUCCUCUACUCAACAGUCUCUGGCAGAAAAGGAAACUCAUUUAACUAAUCUUCGGGCAGAGAGAAGGAAACACUUAGAGGAGGUUCUGGAGAUGAAGCAGGAAGCUCUUCUGGCUGCCAUUAGUGAAAAAGAUGCCAAUAUAGCUCUUCUGGAACUUUCAUCCUCUAAGAAAAAGACCCAAGAGGAAGUGGCAGCACUAAAGCGGGAGAAGGAUCGUCUGGUGCAGCAACUCAAGCAGCAGACACAAAAUCGAAUGAAGCUAAUGGCCGACAACUAUGAGGACGACUACUUCAAAUCCUCUCAUUCCAAUCAAACCAAUCAUAAACCCUCCCCAGACCAGAUCAUCCAACCUCUCUUAGAACUUGACCAAAAUAGAAGCAAAUUAAAAUUGUAUAUUGGACACCUGACAGCCCUCUGCCAUGACCGAGACCCCCAGAUCCUUCGUGGGCUCACUCCACCAGCUUCCUACAACUUGGAUGAUGACCAGGCAACUUGGGAGAAUGAGCUGCAGAAGAUGACCCAGGAACAGCUUCAGAGUGAAUUAGAAAAAGGUGAGCAGGACAAUGCAGAGCUGCAGGAGUUUGCCAAUGCCAUUCUCCAGCAGAUUGCAGACCACUGCCCCGACAUCCUGGAGCAAGUGGUCAAUGCAUUGGAAGAAUCAUCCUGACCCUGCUUCAUGGGGAGUGGCCAGCCAGCAGCCCAGUGCAGUGAACCCAGGAGCCAAGAAAAGCAAACUAUGAGGACAGGCACCCAGAUACUUCUUGGCACCCUGCAAACACUACGAACUCUAUCCUACCGUGGUUAGUUCUUCAAGUGCGAUUCCAGCGCCACUUCUACAUCUGUCACCUUACUCUGCUGUUCUCCUUUGGAUGUUGUCUCUACGCUUAUUUUUUUAUGUCCAAGGUGGGUAAGUGGCCAAGUCUCCAUGAAGAACCGCCAUCUGGUCAUCAACAGUGGAGAACUCUGGAAGCUGGUGGCUCUGUCCUCACAGAGGGUCAUGGAGUAGGGAGCCUCCUACUUCUGUCCUUGAUGUGGGAACUAAACCUGGAACCUACUUGGAGUUCAGCAUACUGAGAGAAUGCUUCCCCAUGGACAAGAGAGCUGAGUGUCCUAAAAUCACAACAGGUGCUUUCUCCUAAAAGGAUUUUUUUAAAAUCUCAAAAAGAUAUUAUUAGAAAAAGAGAGAGGGUUAAAGAGAGAACAGGGACAAACAGAAAACUGACUCUUCUUACACUGUCUCUUUUGUUUACUUUCAUCUGCAGUGUUUUAUGCGGGGGAUCCGCAAGCAGGCUCCCGGUGGCUCAGUGUACACUGACUCCCCAGCCCUGUCUGUCUCGCUUAAGCGUGCUCUUGUCCUCGACCAGUUAACGACAGGGUGGUGCAAGCAGUUCUCCCCUAGUCCUCUUGUGUAAGACCUUUGGCCUUUUACUUAGAUCAUGAGUCUCUAAAGGAAAGAGAAGAGGGGUUUGAC